AUGACUCAAAGGCUCCUGCAGCUCAACUUAAACCACUGCUUGGCGGCCCAAGAGCUACUGAAGCAGACGGUUAGAGAGUUAAAGGUGGAUGCUGCUUUGUUGAGCGAACCAUAUAGAAGAAUCCAGAGUCCAAAUUACGUCGAAGAUGCGGAAGGAAAGGCGUCAAUAUGGGUAUGUGGCCUAGAACAGCCUCAGCUUACUGAUGUGCGCUCAUCGCAAUUCGCAUCAGUCAUGGAGGAGUUAGCACUCGACGCAAGGGGAAAGCCACAGGUGAUCAUCGCUGGUGACUUCAAUGCCUGGGCGGAGGAAUGGGGUAGCACCCGGACAAACGCCCAAGGACAAACAGUGCUGGAAGCCCUUGCCACAUUAGACAUGGCCCUCAUGAACAAUGGCAACCAACACACUUUCACCAGAGCUGGCACUGGAUCGGUUAUAGAUCUAGCAUUCGCUAGCUGUCCAAUUGCUAGAUCAGCGACGUGGACCAUUAGCAAUGUCUACACAGCGAUUCCCAACUGGAGUGACAACGCAGAGGUAAGCGCCGAGCUGCUCAUGCGCUCAAUCACGGAUGCCUGCGACGCUAGCAUGGCGGUGCGAAGAUCGUGCAAAAGACAUCACGCACCAGUAUAUUGGUGGAACCAGCAGAUCGCAGACGCAAGAAGGCGAUGUAUAAGAUCGCGAAGGAUUCUGCAACGUUCACGAGGCAGAGUUGAUUUCGAAACAAGAAGGCUGGAGUACGCGCUUAAUCGCAGGCUGCUGAAGAAGUCCAUCUUGAGCAGCAAGAAGGAGAAAUUCCUAGAACUUUGCGACGAAGCCGACCGAGACAUCUGGGGAAUGGCCUACAAAGUGGUGCUUAAAAAAACUCAAGCCAAAUACAUGUGCAUGGAAGAUCACGUAGAGCACCGGCUCUAUACGGAGGUCCCAGAGGUUACGUUAGAGGAAGUACUGCUGGCAGCGGCAAGAAUCAAGGAGUCCAAGUCACCUGGGCCGGACGCGAUCCCAAAUCGCGCGCUGAAGAUGGCGAUCAGGCUCCAUCCGCAGUGCUUUACAGAAGUUUUUGGACAGUGUAUGAGGCAAGGUGUCUUCCCCCCGCCCAUGGAAACUGCAGAAUCUGGUGCUGAUCCCAAAGCCGAACAAGCCACUAGAUUCGCCGUCGACCGAUUUGCCUGCUCGAUACAACAGGCAAAAUAUUGGAGAGGCUGGUGA